AUGCCUUUCUCUAUCACAGACCUCACUCGCAAAGACGAAACAGCCGAGAAGAUCCCUACAAAAGGUAAAGGUCUCGGCGCCUUCACAAGCCCAGCAGGCUACGCAACCAUCCUCUGCUUCCCCAUUACUAUUUGGCAAUCCCGUCGCAACACCAAGAAAACUGUUGAGACUCUCCGAGAGGCCAGAGAGCUUGAGGCAGAACGUGUCGAGGCUGAAAGACGGGAGGGUGCUGAGGAGGAACAGAAGCGCGCAGAGCUGCGUGCUAAGAGUGAUGCAAACCGAGAUGGCCCUGGACCUCAAGGGCCGCCGAGAGAGAAGACAGUCCCAGAGGUUGAACCUCUUGACCCGAAGUUGGAGAGGGAUCCUGAGAAUCCACGUGUUUGUGAUAGCACCUGCGGGAAUGCGAUGAAGAGUCAUUGUCCUAUCCAUGAUAGGAAGCAUUCUUCUCGACCUACUAGUCCUGGACUCCUGGCUAUCUAG